UAUUGUGCAUCUUGAAAUCUGAAACCAAGAAACAGAAGUGCAAGGGAAACAAGGGGGAAAGCCUUGCAAUUCCUGAGGACAACUCUUGCAAGUGGAGUUUUAAGGAAUAAAAUAUAGAUACAUACAUUUAAAGGUCAUUGAAUGGCUUUUGUGGAGAAACCUGUGAAAUAAAGGAGCCUUGGAAGAAGAGAUUUCUUUCUCCUCCUCUGUGGAUAUAAUGGCCAUUGCAAGGCAUAGCAUCUUGAGAUUUGGCUUCAAAUGUUUCUUCCUAGCAACUUUUAUGCUAUCCUGUGAUGGACAAGGUGGAAGAAGAGAGAAUGGUGGUCCUGCCUGUUACGGAGGAUUUGAUUUGUAUUUCAUUCUCGACAAAUCGGGAAGUGUCCUGCACCACUGGAAUGAAAUCUAUCACUUUGUGGAGCACUUGGCCCACAAGUUCAUCAGCCCUCAGCUGAGGAUGUCCUUCAUUGUUUUUUCAACUAGAGGAACAAUUCUAAUGAGGCUAACAGAAGACAGGGAGCAGAUACGCCAGGGCCUGGAAGAGCUGCAGAAAGUCCUUCCGGGAGGUGACACGUACAUGCAUGAAGGAUUUGAAAGGGCAAGUGAACAGAUUUACUAUGAAAAUGUUCAUGGUUACAGAACUGCAAGUGUCAUCAUUGCAUUGACAGAUGGAGAACUCCAUGAAGACCUAUUUUUCUACUCUGAGAGGGAGGCUAACCGGUCGCGUGACCUGGGAGCAACCGUGUAUUGUGUUGGUGUGAAAGACUUCAAUGAGACCCAGCUGGCUAGAAUUGCCGACAGCAAAGAUCAUGUCUUUCCAGUGAAUGAUGGUUUUGAAGCCCUUCAGGGGAUCAUAGACUCUAUUUUGAAGAAAUCCUGUAUAGAAAUUCUGGCAGCAGAGCCUUCCAGUAUAUGUGCUGGGGAGUCGUUUCAGGUGGUGGUGAGAGGCAAUGGAUUUCGACAUGCCCGUAAUGUUGACAGAGUGCUCUGCAGCUUCAGGAUCAAUGACACGGUCACUCUCAAUGAGAAGCCUUUUGUAGUGGAAGACACCUACUUACUCUGCCCAGCACCUGUCCUACAAGAAGUUGGCAUGGAAGCAGCUCUUCAAGUCAGUAUGAACGAUGGUCUGAGCUUCAUCUCCAGCUCUGUCAUCAUCUCCAGCACACACUGUUCAGAUGGGACCAUCCUGGCAAUUGCUUUGCUGAUCCUCUUCCUCCUCUUGGCACUGGUUCUUCUGUGGUGGUUCUGGCCUCUUUGCUGCACAGUGAUCAUCAAAGAACCCCCACCGCCUCCUGCAGAAGACAGUGAGGAGGAAGAUGAUGAUGGCCUUCCAAAGAAGAAAUGGCCAACAGUAGAUGCCUCUUACUAUGGUGGACGAGGAGUUGGUGGCAUCAAACGAAUGGAGGUGCGCUGGGGAGAAAAGGGCUCCACAGAAGAAGGUGCUAAGUUAGAGAAAGCCAAAAAUGCCAGAGUCAAGAUGCCAGAACAGGAAUAUGAGUUCCCUGAACCCAGGAACCUUGCCAACACCAUGCGCAGACCUUCCUCUCCUCGGAAGUGGUACUCUCCAAUUAAGGGGAAACUGGACGCGCUCUGGGUCUUGCUGCGGAAAGGCUACGACCGGGUGUCUGUGAUGCGCCCACAGCCAGGAGAAAAGGGCCGUUGCAUCAAUUUCACCAGGGUGAAGAACACAGAGGCCCCACCCAAAUACCCGCUCAACAACGCGUACCCUCCAUCAGCUCCCCCUCCAGCUCCCAUCUACAACCCCCCGCCCCCAGCUCCCAUCUACACCCCCCCUCCACCCAGCUCACCCACCCCCCACACCCCAUCCCCAUCCUCCACGCUCCCACCUCUCCCCCCACCACCCCAAGCCCCCCCACCCAACCGGGCCCCCCCUCCAUCUCGGCCCCCACCUCGCCCAGCAGUCUAGGGGGUCAGCCUUGCUCCCGUCUCUUGCAGAAGCGUUUGAGAGGCUCUGUCAGCAGUACUGUAUCACAGCCAUCUUCUGGGGGGUGGGGGGCUAGAGGAAGCUGGACCCUUUGUGACAUGGGUGACAACAGAACGAACGACUUUGUAGUCUUCUUUCUCCUUUAGUGUUCUUUUGGUGUUUUUUUUUAAAUCCCUUGUGCAUCAGUGCCACCAAACUAUCAAAGCAAGAAAAGCCAAGAGACUGCAGGAACAAGGCAAAUAACUCGAGUUCCAUUUCAGCAAGGCUCUCCUCUCUUUUGUCCCCAACACUUCCCUGUGCCUUACCGUGGUGAUUCCAGGACACAUUGGAAAAAAGGAAUUAAUUACUCUCUGGAAGGACAAUUUUCCCCAGGGAAGGACUGCAAAAGACUCUUCCAAGUGCAGGCAUCCCAGCUAGCUACCUGGAGAGAGCUGCACAAACUUCAUGUUACAAGACUCAAGGUAUGACAGAAAGCUGAUGACAUCUCGCUCACAUGCCAGCUGCCAAGCAAAUAAUGACAACAGCAGGUCUGCAAGUACAGAAACCCCUGUACAUCUGAGAAGAGUUGGUGGCAGGCAGCUGUUCCCAUGGACCGUGAAUUGGAAGGGAAGGUAUUGUCUUCUCAAAGGGUCCAGAAAGGAGAAGGGGUAGGUCUCUGGUGUCUUGAUUUGUGUAUGUUUGUACGUGGAAGUGCAGGUGACUGAAAAUGGAGUGCCACUAGGAAAACAAAUGACAUGGAAAAAUGAAGCAGGCAGUAUGUCACAAGGCUUUGACCCCAUCCCCUGAGGACAAGGACCAAUGGACAAUAAUGGUCAGCCUUCAGUGCUCCCAGUGGGACGGAGGAGUUAAUAAAAAACGAGCAAAGGAAUCUGGGAAAGGUUUGGUUGACAGAAGAGUCUUUGCAUUCAGUUACACUAAUUAUGCCCAUCUAGUUAAUAGCUCUGCAGUUCAGCAGUGUAAUUUAAUGCUAGUUUCCCUUUUAAAAGGAAAGUUUCUGGGAAUCAACAAGAGGUUAGGUGUAUUGGUUUCUCUAAAUCCAGUCUGCUUGGGCUCCUUGUUGUUGUCAGUUUGAAAUGGUUACCACUGAUGUGUUUCUGUUUUUUCUGUAAAUCGCAUUCUUUCACCUUAGAAAUGUUUCCACAUGGAUUUUCAUUUCUUGUUUUCCUUUCCUGAAUAAGUAGCAGAUGCCUUCCAAACUCGUAGUGAAGAGGAGCCAGUGUGCUUACUCACUCUUCUCAACUCUCAACAUCACUUCUGUUAGCAGUGGUUGACUAAGGCAAAAAUCAACACACCGAACGCGCAAGGUGGGAAUCAGUCUUCCAAGAAGUGCACGGGCUGCAUUUCUCCCUGCUUCCUCCUCACCUCCAUGGGCCCCCCACCACCUCCAGCAGUAUUGUGUAUGCACAUCUUUUAUCCCACAGCAAACCUUCUGAGCACCUGCCUUUGCAGCACAGUGCUAGAAAGGUCACUCAGCACUUCAGCCGAACCUCUGGCUCUUACUGUCAGGAUCAGUUCUCAUGGAAUCACUCUCUCUGGAAAUUGCAAAGUCAUAAGGGGUGAACCAUCUUUGUAGCUGCAGUUCUAUGAUAUCUAAGGGUUCUCUUAAUCAUGUCAUUUUUUUUUUUUACCAGAUAAAGAAACGCUUUGCCAGGUACUUACUUCAGUGCUGUUGGAAAUACUUAAUUCUAGCUUUUCUAGCCAAAAAAAAAAAAAAAGAAAAAAAAAAAAGAAAAAAAAAAGAAAAAAAUAAUGCUCAAGGAGGAAAGGGAACAGGUGAAAAAACUCAGUGGAGACUUGACCUAGGAUGCUUUUGGUAAGGACAUUUUUUAAUUAACCCUUGCCAGGAGGCUCUGAGUCAGUCUGACUGCCAUUCACCAGCCUUACCCACUGCUAGGUCAGUAUGUCAUCUAUUGGAUGAGAUAAAUGCACCAGGCAGGAUGGAUCUGAAGACUCAAUCUACAGCCAAGGCUGGCUAUUCUGCAAAAAGGCUGCUGAAUUCACCCACAACACUGUUUUGUCUGCAGGCAGCACAGAGCAGUUCCCAAUUAGGAGCAAACCCAACAGUUUGGCUACUCACUGUGCCAGACUGGAUCAGCUACAGGUCGUGGUUAGUUCAACAAGACUUUGUGAUUGGCAGGUGGGAGUGGGAAUCUUUUAACACCCUGACCCAAGUUUGGUUGCACUCCCUCUUGUGAUAGAUGGGAUCUAGUUAAAUAGCUGUUUGAUUUGGUUUAAUGAGGAAAGGUGUAAAACCCAGGAGUAGGGUAAUGUACAUCUCUUAACAAAUCCUCAGUAUUUCCAAAAAGUUGGGAAAGGAAAUUGAUUUUCAAUAAUGCAGCAUUGAGGAUUUUCUUUUUUUAAGUGUCAGUUAACCCAAUACAUCUAAACCUAUUGCUGGGGAAAAAAAUAAAAACAGUGUAUACUCUGUGACUAAAGCUAACUUCCUGCAGAUGUAUAUAGAAAUUUUAAUUCUCCCCAUCUAAGGGGGAAAAAAAUCCUCUGGUAUUAAAGAAGCAAAAUAAGACCUAGAUCAGGCUAGAAAAAUUGUAUUUUUAAAAUUCCCACUAUGUAAUCAUCCAGUUUAUGAAUAAAAAACAAACUCCAAAUUUUUUGUUGUACAUAUUGUUACUGCAUGCUUACCAUGUGUUAGAUGGAAGCAUUUCCUGUCCAUUGUGGAUAAAAGAACAUUUUUCAAGUUGUAGUAAAUUAUUAUAAAGCCAAUGACAUUUCAUGGCAUGUUAUUGUAUCAAGCUGUGCUUGUUGUAUUUUUUUUCUUUAUGGUUGUAUUGCUUUUUUAUAAAUGUACAAAUAUUUCCUGUAGUGACGAGCACCUAUUUGACAUAGCAUUAGUUGAAGCCCUAGAGCUCCAGGCCAUGUGCUCCCUGGAUCUAUUGGCAAAGAGUUUUGCAGCUGGAUGCAGGGUGGGAUAUGGCCAGAGAGUGGUGGGUAGAGACAAAUUAAAUGGGGGGGAAGGGGCUGGAUGCUGACACAGAGCACCAAGGAAUUGGUUUUGGUGGACACCUGUCAUGUUCUCAAAAAAAUUAGAGCAUGUUUUAUAGCAGACUUUGUACCUGCUCUUGUAUUUGGGAUCAACCUAAUGUGGCUGCUAAAAUGGCUUCCCAAAAGUACAGUACUCCUUUUAAACCAGUCCCUAAAGACUCACUUCAGAGCUUAACAAAAGGCAUUCAAAAGUAAAAAUUUGGUCCUUGCCCUAAUUUAAAUCAGCUCCCACCAACAAUUAAUGCUAUGUAAAUGAGGUUGAAUUAGCUGGUGUAUCAUAUACUGAUAUAUGGUACCCUAUGUAUUCUCUUGUCUGUAGAACUUUCCUAGAAACACGUUACACAGGCUCUCAAUCCACACUAGCCAAGUUUUAAGUAAACCUUCUUUAUAGAUCAAAAGGAGUUGAGUGGCACAACAUCUGCUUUGCAGUUUCAGCAGACUUCAGCAGGUCUCACUGUUCACUAGUUGCACAUGCUCCUACACAGGCUGGUCUAAGCAGCAAGAAACAGAUGUCUGAUGGCAUUCAAUAAACUGUUGUUUCAUUUGUUCUAAAUAGGUCACUUAGAUUACUCCCAGUGUUUUUCAUUCAUGCACAACUUUCUGUCAGUGUCUCUUGCAGCCUCGAAGGACUAAGCAGCUGCAGGUGACAGAGAUUCAGAUUUAUUUUUUUUAACUGCCAAAGUGUUACCAGUUCUUGCUGGCUGUGUUUUGAAGCAUUGACCCACAUGAACUUUCUAGUCGUCCCAGUUCUGUCUCACUUCCUUAGUGUGUGAAGGCAUCUUCUGUCACUGUUUAUUUUGGGGAAGGGGGGAAUGUCUGGCUCCCAGAGCUCUGCCAAGGGUAACCAGACAGUAACAUUGCCUUAUAUGUGGUGCUGAUGCAGCAGAGGAAAAGAAACAAGCCUUCUGUUUUGUUUUGUAAGUUCAGCCAGUGCUGUGCAAUGAUGUUUUACUCCCUCUGUUUGUUGCAUGUGUCAUGUGUUAAAUUCAGUCAUUAUUCUUGCUGACCUUGAUGUUACUAUUAAAGAACUACACAAAUUUG